AUCCCAGAGAGCCAGAAGGGAGCCUUGCUUUGCAACCAGCCAGAACCAAAGGAGGAGAGCCGGGCGGCGGAACAAUGAAGCCCAUUUUGUGUCUCCUUCUGGCGACGCUUCUGGGAGUUGCAGUUUCACAAGAACCAGAGGAACCUGACACAUAUACGGAAUGUACAGAUGGCUACCAGUGGGAUGCGGAGAGCCAGCACUGCAAAGAUAUCAACGAAUGUGAAACCAUUCCCCAGGCCUGUAAAGGAGAGAUGAAGUGCAUCAACCACUACGGCGGGUACCUCUGCUUGCCACGCUCGGCCUCCGUCAUCAACGAUGUCAACGCCGAACGGGGGGUCGUACCGAGCCCUCCCCGUCCGAGGCCCCCGAGACCGCCCCACGCCAUCCCUGUGCAGAACACUUGCCCCCAGGGCUAUGAGCCGGACAGGCACGGGGCCUGCUUGGAUGUGGACGAAUGCGAGUACGAUUUGCACGACUGCCAGCCGAGCCAACAGUGCAUCAACACACCGGGGGGGUUCCACUGCCAGUGUCCCGACGGCUACCGGAAGAUUGGCACUGAGUGCGUGGACAUCGAUGAAUGCCGCUACCGCUAUUGCCAACACCGUUGCGUCAAUUCGCCCGGCUCCUUCUCCUGCCAGUGCGAACCGGGCUUCCAACUCGCCAGCAAUAACCGCUCUUGUGUGGAUGUGAACGAGUGUGAAAUGGGGGCCCCGUGCAAGCAGCGCUGCUUCAACACCUAUGGCACCUUCAUUUGCCGCUGCAACCAGGGCUACGAAUUGGACGAAGAUGGAUUCACCUGCAAAGAUGUUGACGAAUGCAGCUAUUCCACUUACUUGUGCCAAUAUCAGUGCGUCAACGAGCCAGGCCAUUUCUCCUGCGCCUGCCCUCAAGGAUAUCAACUGCUCAGCACCCGUCUCUGUCAAGAUAUUAACGAAUGCGAGACGGGGGCCCACCAAUGCACCGAAACCCAGAACUGCAUCAACUUCCACGGGGAAUACCGCUGCGUGGAGAAGAACCGCUGCCAGGAACCGUACAUCCAAGUCUCCGAAAACCGCUGCCUCUGCCCGGCAACAAAUCCUCUCUGCCGCGACAAGCCCUCGUCCAUCGUCCACCGAUACAUGAGCAUCACCGCUGACCGGACGGUGCCUUCCGAUAUCUUCCAGAUCCAGGCCACCAGCGUCUAUCCUGGGGCUUACAACACGUUCCAGAUCCGCUCGGGCAACGAACAAGGAGAGUUCUAUAUUCGGCAAAUCAACAACAUCAGCGCCAUGCUGGUCUUGGCCCGGCCGGUGACGGGUCCCCGGGAGUUUGUCCUGGACUUGGAGAUGGUCACCAUGAACACCCUGAUGAGCUACCGCUCCAGCUCCGUGCUGCGCCUCACCGUCUUUGUGGGAGCCCAUUCGUUCUAGCCACGCGGCAGCUGCUCUGGACCUGGCCACGGAAGUGACAGACUAUGUCUCCCAGGGACGAGGCCGGGACGAAGCCACGAGAGGAGCCGCGGUCCCCACCUAGCAGGGAAGGCAUGCCCCGGCCUCCCUUCUCUCCCGUAACUUCCUGAGCCAGAAACACUGAUGACUACGAUGGGACGUGGCUUCCAGAAGACAGAGGCCUGGGUUCAAGACGGACCGGAUCGUGAAACCUUACCUGGGGAGCGAGGGACAGAACCCGACCUCUGCGGAGGGGACUUUUUGGGAACUUUGCAGCAAAGUUCUGUUUCUGUUCUUACAAAGGAAGAAAAAAAGACCAAGAAAAAUUAGUAAAACUGUUGUUUUUUUAAA